AUGGACCACAUACCUGCCUGGAAGAGGAUUGCAAUCAAAAAUAGAGAAGCUGAUACAAGCGAUGAUGCCACGGCCCUCAACGUCACAACGCAUCUCGCGACAGCUAAUCUGAGUAAACGGGAGAAACGUAAAAUCAUUAGAGGAGAACCAGACGGUAAUAAGAGCAAGAAGGUUGCAAAUCCAAAUAAGAAGCAAAAGAAGGACAAAGCGCCUCGCGAGGAAAGAGUUUUGAACAAAGAACAAGUGUUGAAGGAUCAGCUGCGAUACUUGAUCGACUUUUAUCGCGAGAAAGUGGGUAAACUGCCGCAAGAGGUUUGGGAACAUAAGCCAGCGCGGGCUCAGUUGGGAGGUCCAGAUGAGGAAUCGGAGGAGAAGGACAGUGACAAGGCGCAAGUGGUGGAGGUUUGGAAAUUUUCCAAGCAGAAGCAAAAUUGGCUGUUGAAACACAUUUUGGAUGACAUUCAAAUCCCGGAAGUUUAUGACGAACUGGUAUACGCUUACUUCAAAGACUUGAAAGGCGGGUCGAGAUUGGCGCUGAUGAAAUCUUGUCAAGAGUGCAUUGACAGAGACGAGAAGGCCAAACUGGAGACCCAGCCCACUCCCGAAGUACGUGCCGAAACCAAUCAAGAGGAAGACGAGGAGAAGAAAGAAUCGGUAGACGAAACUGAGGAGGGUCAAAAAGCUGAGAUAAAAAAGGCACCAAUCUCCGAGGUGCCUCCAUCAGCACACCAAGUGCAGCGUGCUAAGCGGCUGCUGCAAUAUUUAGAGCAGGAAUAG